AUGUAAUCAUAAGAAAAAACUCGAGUUUAUUAUGGAAGGUUUGUUUAGAAAGAGAAACUGAGUGCAGGUUCCUUUGGAGUUGUUUAUAUAUGCUAAGACAAAGUUUCAAGAGAAUAUGUUGCAAUUAAGGUGGAGAAGGAAAACAGCAAUAUGUUGAGUUUGGAACGCGAAAUACAAAUAAUUGAAGAAUUGAGAGGCAUCCAAGGUAUUCCGAAACUCUAUUGGUAUGGCAAUGAAUACAACUCAAAUUGUAUGGCCAUGCAAUUGUUGGGUAGAGAUCUUUCUCAUUACUUAAAGCGAUAUAGAAAAUUCUCUAUGAAAUGUGUAUGUAAUCUGGCAGAACAAUUACUCUACAUCAUUGAAGAAGUUCAUUAAAGAGGUGUGAUCCAUAGAGACAUCAAACCAGAAAACAUCCUUAUGGGAAGAGGCACUGAAACUAAUAUAGUUUAUUUAGUUGAUUUUGGCAUUUCUAAGAAAUACAAAGUUAAUGGACAGCAUAUUCCAUUUUAAGAGCAAAAACCAUUUAUGGGCACUACCAGAUAUGCAAGUAUUCCUGCACACAAGGGAUAUGAGUUAUCUAGAAGAGAUGAUUUAGAAAGUUUGGGAUAUGUGUUUAUUUACCUCUUAAAAGGUAAUUUACCAUGGUAAAAUAUCACUUCGUCUUCUGACAAAGAAAAGACGAGAUUGGUUGGUAAACUCAAAAUGGAACUUGAGACCAAGGAUUUAUGUAAAGGUUUGCCAAUUGAAAUUUAAAGGUAUAUGGACUAUGUUUAAAAACUGAAAUUCCCUUCAACUCCAGAUUAUAAAUAUUUGCUUAGUUUGUUUUAAAAGAUUGCUUAACAACAGGGAUUUUAAUUAGAUAAGAAAUUUGAUUGGAAUGAUUAAUUUACUACUUCUACUAAGUCUUCAGAUGGAUAACAACCAAGAUUAUCUGGCAAGGAAUUUGAAUUUGCAUAAGAUGAUAUCUUAAAAAAACCAGAGAAACCUGAAAAAAAGAAUAAAUAAAUAUGUGAAUCCAAUCUUAGUUAACAAUCCUCUGUCAUGUUAAAUUAUGUGCCAUCAGUCAUUUAAUAGAUAGGGGGUCGAUUUGGAUAAAAAUCUACUGGUCGUUCUAGGUAGAAUUCGAGGUAAAGUUCUUUUUCAAGAGAAUCCUCCUUACUGAAAUAGUAGACUGGAUAAACUAAAAAAAAGGAGAGCCAAAUACAUAAGGGAGGAUAAUUUUAAGAUUUUGAGGAUUUAGAAAUAUAAAAAAUACCAAAAUAAAAAUAAAGUGUUUAAUUCGAUGAUUUUGGAGAUGAUGAUAUAAAUGAUGAUGAAGAGAAUCUAGCAAACAAAUUGAAAUAAUUUGAACAAAUUCAAGUACAUUUCAAAGAGCAUCUUUCCAAGUCUUGAGAAGCAUCCAAUCUAUACCUUUUCUAAUGAUUUGUAUUAGAAUAUAUAUACUCUUUUCCUUAUUUAUAUA